AUGCUGAAAACCCUGCUCAAGUGUGACGGCAAACGUCCGUCUUGUAAAGCGUGCACAGAGCUAAAGACACAAUGUGUCUACAUCAGUGCUAAUGAGACUGAGACGGCCGCGAUGGCUCUGAAACGAGAGAACCAAAUGCUUCGAGACAUGUUGAGCCAGCUCACGGCAAUGCCGGAUGAUGUUGCCCAUCAGACAUUGAAGAAGCUAAAGUUUGCCGUCGACCCUUACGCCGCCCUUCGCGCGAUAAGGCCGUCAGGCCCAAGGGAUGCCCGGGAGAUCCUGCCUCACAUCUCUUCCAACGUCGAGUUUGAACUCACAAGACGCCAUCCCACUGUGUACCCCCAAAUCCGGAGAUUGGGGCGUCUCGAGAUGCCGGAGAGCGUCGACCCCAGGCCUUCCAAAAUCGCCCGGGUUGAAGACGCAUCCGAGGAGGGGUCGAUUCUCGAGGACCGCCGAGCACCAGAAUACCCGACUAUGGCUGAAGUCCUGGAAGAUGGUCCUUCUACAGCCUCUGCAAAAUCUCCUCGAACGUUCAACUCGGCGUUCUUUGUUCCACCGAUGGGCCCUAUCCCUCCCCCGUCGCCACGCAUUCGCAAUGAGCCCCGUCUGAAAGAUCUGAAUAUUGCCUUCUGGACCGUAGUGCCCAUCAGUAAUCAGGAUGCAGCAGAGGUCAUCUCGUUGUAUCUGGAAACGGACCAUCCGAUCUUGGGCUUAUUUGAUGCAGAUCUGUUCCUCAAUGACUUGGUCUAUGGCGAAGUCCGGUACUGCUCUUCAUUGCUCGUCAAUGCUCUGCUUGCUUUCGCUUGUCAAGCGUAUGCGGCAAAACAACCUGAGGCGUCUCGGUGGAGUCAGGAGCUGGAAGAUGAAUCAAACAAGCUCUGGCAUGCUCAUAAUGAUGAUACCCUGCCUACCAUCGCUGCCUUGGCCUUCUUGAUUCAGUCUAGCGGCUGCAAUGGCAACGGUGAACUCAAUGUGAAAUUCAUCAAAGACACAGCAGCUAUGGCGAAGCGUCUAAAACUCUUUGGCUGUCCCGACGCAUAUACCUUCGUAGACCUGAAUCGUCUGUCAGAACCAGAGGCUAGGGCGACGGCUCAAGUUGCCUGGGGAGUCUUCAAUUCUCUGAGUAUGACAGCCCAGUUUUGUCUUCCCGCGACGACUGAGUACCCGCCGACACUUCCAAUCCCAGGAAAGGCCAAGCUUGGGAAACCAAUAGUCGGGUCUGAGCACGAGCGUAGCAGCAGCGCAAACAGCACAGCGCCUUCGUCAGACUCUGACGCUGGUUCCCGAUCCCGAAAUCGCACCAAAAGAGGACGGUCUCAUGCAAUCUCCGACACUUUUGCCGCCUUUUGCGAAUUAUGGCUCAUUUCCUCUCAAAUCACCUGGGUUUAUCAGCACGACACCAGUCCAGGCCAUUCAUCCCAGGCUUUCGCGCUGGAGAAGUAUGGCAAGCUUCUGUCCUGGGCAGACAAUUUGUCUGAGAGUAUGGAACGAGACGAGCACAGCCCAUCCCAUGUGCUUGCCUGCCACAUGUGGUUCCACGGUACUGUUCUCUACCUCCUCAGGCCGUUCAUCCCAAGCGAUAAACAGCAUGGCUUCAAGUUCUGGUCACCGUCGGCCGACCAGAUACCCGCCUUUUUCGCGGCAUCCGUCGAGCAGCUGAAAGAUCUCGUCGAGGUGUACGCGCUGUACCCGGAGUCGACGUACAGCAUCUUCGGACACACUGCCCUUAUCCAUGUAGCCAACGCCGUAGCUAGCGACAUAAGUAAUCCAGAGUGGCGACCCUACUUUCUCAGCUGCAUCCGCGCCUACCAGGCCCUGUACAGCUCCUUUACCGUUGCCGAAGUGAUCGCCGGCGGCCUCCUAUCCAUGGUCGUCAGGAAGGGAGGCAUGGACAUGACGGAAGCCCUGGGGCUGCUACAAGACCUCAGAGCCCGCAAGGGGCCCAAGGCGGGCGGCCGAGCUACCGGGAUGUUUGUGACUGAUCUCGACCUCGCCGUGACGGACCGCGAGGCGGCGAGGGUUGACCGCUUGAUUGAGAACUUUGAAGAGAUGACCAUCCUGGAUGAGUUUACCCAAGGCAUCAUCUGA